AUGCUGACGCUGAAGGUUUCCCAGACUCCUGUCCACAGCCUACUGGGCCCCACCAGGUGUCCCCACCGACUGUGUGCUUGUUGGCUGAGGAGAUUAAGGAAUACAGACAGGGGUGUCUUCGAGAUGUCUGAUGAGCAGGGCGAUGGGAAGGAGAAGAUUGGAGAGUGGGAGCAGCUCAUGAGCCUGCUGGGAAUCAGCUCCACCAAGAGUAAGUUGACCUGCUUGGGCAAGGAUGUGGACAGAGGCAACAAAGGGUUCUUUAACUGCUGUGGCUUCCUGGUGCUGAUGGCGAUUUACUAUGAGAAAGCCCACAACCAGGAGGGCAAGCUAAUGGCAGCUUUGACAAGGACAGCAGGGACUUCAUAGACUGAACCAUAUACUCAAAGGAGGGUUUUGGGCCUAGGGGUUGGUGUGGUGCUUGAGUGAGUGGGGAGUUCAUAAAG